CGUCAACUUACCGCAACCGCAAACGCAUCAACCUCACCUCUCUCCAAGUCAAUUCAAGCAAAUACCGUCAAGAUGGUUGUUAUGUACAAUAUCGCCGGUCGCCAGAUCGCGUCUCACUGGCUCUCGAUCGCCACGCUUUCGAUCACCUUUGGCGGUGCUGCCCUCGCUAUGGGCGGAAAGAAGGCCGAGAAGACCACUACUCCCCCGCUCAACGCGAAGAACAAUGAUGAGGAGAAGUUCAUCAAGGACUUCUUAGCCGAUAUCGAUUCCUCGGAGAAGAAGGGACAGAAGGCUUAGACGGGUGGUGGAUUGGAAAGAGGAUGUUACGGCCCGACGAUGCGUCCGACGACUGGAACCAAUCGAUGUGUACAUAUAAGCUGUAUUCAUGAAUGCAUAGAAGGGUGU